AUGGAGAGAUAUUUGGCAGUUUCGAAGAACCGCAACUCAUCCUCCUCUUUCGAAAUGAUAACCGGCCCAGCCAAUGGGAAUGGGAAUCUUGACUCAGAGGAUGAUUCCAGCCUGGAGGAUAAUGACUUCAGCUGGGGAGACUAUUUGGAAGAGACAGGUGCCAGAGCAGUGCCACACGUAUGCUUCAGACAUGUGGAGAUCAGCAUUCAGAGUAACUUCCAGCCAGGAAUGAAGUUGGAGGUGGCCAAUAAGAACAAUCCAGACACUUACUGGGUGGCCACCAUCAUCACCACCUGUGGGCAGCUGCUGCUCCUGCGCUACUGUGGUUACGGGGAGGACCGAAGGGCUGACUUCUGGUGUGAUGUGAUCAUAGCGGAUCUGCACCCCGUGGGGUGGUGUACUCAGAACAACAAGGUGUUGAGGCCCCCGGAUGCUAUCAAAGAGAAGUAUACAGACUGGACGGAAUUCCUCAUACGUGAGUUGACUGGUUCUCGGACAGCGCCUGCAAACCUUCUGGAAGGUGUAUGUAUUGCUAUUAUUCAUCUUUUAUAG